CCGGAAGUAAACAAACUGCUCCGGAAGUGUUUGUUAGCUACCAGAAGGCAGCGGUUGCCUUAGCAGUUAGCUGGGUACUUACCUUUUGUUACUAAUAAUUAGCACUUUCUGCAUCUUAGCGAGAAUUUAAAGUGUAUUCAUGAUAUAAAUAAUAUGUAUACAAACAUAUAAUUAAGUAAACGCAGAGAGUUACGACAUCAGCAGCAUUAGCUAGAUACCCAGACGUUAGUUAGUACUGUUCGUAAAUUACAGCCAUGAGUCUGGUAGGUGGUCGAGAGCCCAGAAAGACUGCGGGUAAUCGCAUGUCAAAAUUAUUGGAUGCUGAAGAGGAGGACGAAUUCUACAAGACCACGUAUGGAGGAUUCAACGAUGAAUCGGGAGAUGAUGAGUAUCAUGGGGAGCAUUCAGACACAGAGGAUGAGGUGGACAGUGACUUUGACAUCGAUGAGGGUGAUGAGCCAGACAGCGACCAGGAGGAGGACGCUCCUCGGAGGAAAAGUCGGGUUGUCACUAAAGCAUAUAAGGAACCUAUAAAGGUAGCAAAACCCAAGCCCAAAAGACCCUCUGAGGAACAGAAGAAGACAGAGAAAGCUAAAGUGGAGCUCAAAAGGAGGAUUCCUCAAGAAUUCCAGGAUUUUGGCGAAACUCGGAAGUCUGUGCGACAGUCCACCAGUGAACAUACCAGAAAGACCAACUUGCGCUUGCAAGAGCGUCAGGAUGCCCCUCGAAGACGGAGAGGUGCUCAUCGUGACCGGCCCCUUACCCAGGAAGAACUGCUGGCUGAGGCCAAAAUAACAGCUGAGAUCAACAUUCGAUCCUUAGAGAACUAUGAACGCCUGGAGGCGGACAAGAAGAAACAAGUCCACAAGAAGCGCCGUUUUGAAGGACCAACCAUUCGUUACCAUUCAGUCCUGAUGCCACUAGUCUCUCACUCAGUCCUAAAAGAAGAAAACGUGGAUGUUGAAGGGUUGGAUCAGGAUGUCCCUCAGACUGCACCGCAAAACCCCACCACGCCUUCCCAGCAGCCUGCCGGAGGCCUGUGCUCCCGUACUUACAUAACAUUUAGCGACGAUGAAGCUUUCGAGGUAGCCUUUCCACACAGCGCCCAGUCAAGUCCUCAGCUGCCUGUCCAGGAGAUUUGUCCUGUCACGCACAAAGCCGCAGUGUACAGAGACCCAGUCACCGACAUACCUUAUGCUAACACGCGAGCCUUCCGGAUCAUCCGAGAAGCGUACCGUAAAUACGUGGCCGCACAUGGAUUUCCAAACACGUCAGGAGGGGUGACGGGACUUGACUCCUCAGCAGGGAAGGGUUCCCGCCAGAAAAUGGUCGUCAAGCAGAGUGCUGUGGGAACAUAGAUGAGUUUAAGAAUUUAGGAAAUAGGUCUGUGCCAGGUAGAAUGAUUUGAUUGACAUGAUGAAAAACCAUUGACAUAUAUAAAGAUGGAUGACAUCUCUCCACUUCCUCCCACUGUACAAAAGUGAAGACAGAAUAUCCUACACCGUUGUGAUUAGGUGCUGGAGCCAUGGGAUCGACUUCCUGCCUGUACACCCAUCUGACCCAGUCACAAGCAGGAGCCAACCACCAGGGGGCGGACAAGAUGUUAUGGCUUUACCUUCGGGGAGCUCUCAUGUCAUCCAUCUUUAUAUACAGCCAAUGGGAAAAAACACAACGAUAGCAAAUGUCAAUCUAGUUUAUCCCAUCCAUGCAAAGUGUCCUUGGCACCAGAAAUUUUAGGAUUUAACAGUCACUGAAUAACAUGUUACAGUUGUGGAAACAGUUUAAACCAGUGAUGAUGAUUAAUGCAAACACAUUCAGUGCUACUUGUUGACUGGACAUAAAAUUACAAGAAGUAAACAACAAACAUUAGCACAACAGUUUGACUCAUUCCUUUGAACUGCAAAAAAAAACAAAACAAAAAACACAACUCUGUCUACUGACAUUCAUUUUAUACAUUAAUACUAUAACAAAUCCAGUUUGAGUGGAAGACAGAUUACAGAGGUUUUGGAAGUAAAGUUGAUCUUCUGUACAUUAGCAGCUUUUUUUUUAAAUUAAAUGAAAUGCUUUUUUUGUCAUGAUAUUUGUUUUCUACAAAUGUACAUAUUUCUGUGCAACAAUAAAUAUUUGAAAUUUGGAA